AUGCCAUCCAGCAUGACCAAAGAUAACGUUGAAACUCACGCAGUUUGCAAGUCACAUCAUGUCAAAGUGGACCCUGACUUAGGGACCCGUAACUUUUGCAUAGCCGGGCUGGCAUUUGGUUGGAUCUUUGCUUCCCUGUUUCUCAUUGCAGGAGCGAUCAUGCUGAGCUCCGACCAUUUCACCGUCCCGUCAUACUUGAGAUUAAAAGUGAUCAUGGUCAAUUUCUUCUUACAUACUAUGAGGCCCGGUAAAACCUAUCCUCACAGCCAUCGCAUACAACAACUUCAUCAGGGAUCGUCGGUGUUUGUACAGCUACUCUUGAACUUCCUCGUGACAAUUAUCCUUGACACCACAAAUUACAUCCACGCGACCACCCUCAAGUGGGCUUUAUUCAAAGAAGGCCGGCUGAAGUUCAACUCAAAUGUGCGACUAUUCACCAGCGCCCGUGCACAUGGGCCCAAUAGCUGGUACAUGAACUCAAUUUCUCUUCUUGGCUUGGCUAUCUCAUAUGGGGCUAUCUCGGCUGCCAUCACAGAUGUAGUUAUUGUUGGACAGUGGAACGAAGACACGCACGAAGUAGAGUACGGACCGUCUGAGACAUCAGAUAUCAUUGAUAUCAACGGCUUGGCAAUAUUUGCUCUUGGCAUUGGGGUUUUCUUACAGGUUGGUGUGUCAACCUACAGCUUAUUAUGCAGUAAUGAAGUGAAGACCUGGAACAACAAUCUUCUUUCCAAUGCGAGGGCAUGGCUUGAUGGCAAUGAUGCGACCAAUGACUUGUCCGAGGAUACAGAUCCGGAGUUCACCUUCUCAUCCCGAGGUGUACAAGACUCAAUGCUCAGUAUAGCGCCACAUGUUCAAAUUGUUCGACGCCUAAUCUGGGGAUUCUGUGCCCUUUUUACCGUCUGGUCCAUGUCACAAGGGAUAGUUACUGCAACCACCGGCUAUAUGGCCGAGAACUUCGGCGAUUUCUCCAGCGGCCUAGAGGGAUACUGGAGGUUCUACGGAGCCAUGUACUGGGACUAUAAGAAGAUCACCAAAUCACCCCCUUAUUGGCUUGGAUUAAUAAUCCAAAUCAUAGCCCAGUCUUUUCUGACAUUUGCAUUGCAUUGCGUGGAGCUACUGUUCAACCUCUCGCGUGACGAAGCAGCAUGGCGUGAAUUGGAAACCGUUGGCGUCGAUGCCGACCCCUCGAUGAGGUCGAAUUUCAGCCGGCAGACGCUGAUCAUGUUGGUGAUGAAGGCUAUCAUACAGUGGGUCUUUGGGUAUGCGCUCACUGCGGAUGUUUCGGUUAAUAUUGCGCUUUUGCCGAUAAUUGCUCUCAUGGUUCUGUUCAUUGUCUUGGCAAUUGGUUCGGAGUACAUGUUGAAGAAACGGCCCAGGGGCAGCCUUCCAGCGUCGUAUGGCUAUUUUGAACGAGUAGCGCGGCUUGUGGAUGAUUGGGAUCAUGCUCGCCUUUUCUGGGGUGACAAAGGGUGUUUCAAGGAUAGGGUAUGCCGUGCGGGCACAGCUGGACGACGUUUGCCGGACUUGAAGCCGGAUACUCUUUAUUGCUGCCAUCAGAAGGAGGAUUAA